AUGCCAUUUCGUGGGUUCCCGUUUCUGAAAAGGAAGUCAUCCCUGCUCAGGAUUGAAGGCGCUAGUAACUCAGAACCACUGAACAAGCGAAAGGAUAGUAUAGAUGAGCGAAAGGAGCGACUGCAGCCAAAGCAAGUUGGAAAUCAGUCAAUACCAUCGCAGCAGUCUGUAUUCGUGAGCUAUGAGGAAAUUCCCCCAAAAAGGCGCACUGCGCAACAAAGGAAAACUACCACCAGCUUCACGAACACGCUUCCGCCAUUAAACAGCGGGAGCCUCAGUAACAACAGCAAUGUGAAUCUACGGAGUAUCAGGUGGUCACAUUCUGAAGACGACGUGGCGAAUACGUUACUGGGUGUGUGGAAGCGCCCGUUGCAUGGUGAGCAGUUCGCGAGCAUCCUCCCGGGGUUAGGCCAAGCGAAUAAAAUGGUGCAAUGCAUGACCAGCAGCGGGUGGACUGAAGGGCAGUCGUCCGCUGUGGGCGCAGCGUGGGAGACCAUCCCGAAGGUGACGGCCCCCGACGAGCCGUUAGUCACGCUGCUGCAGUCCGAUGCGUCGCUUGGCUCACUACUCUCGUUUUCGAGCUCCGUGGAAAUUUGA